CGGGGAUUUCUAUUGGAGAAGCAGUUUUACCCUAUCUUCAUAUUGUACUGUCUUUGGUUUGGAGCAUGGAGUGUGUAAACAAGAUGGAGGCGUUUCUGACAUCCAGCACUUCUACAUGGGCAAUCGAUGAUAUCGGUCAAGUAGCAUACAAGAUCUGAGGAUCCCUGCAACGAUUCAUUGACGCUGGCAGACCAGUUUUGCAGCUUUUGUCCAACCCAGGGCAUCCAGAAACAAACAGUACAGUAGUAUUAAAGAACAGUCAAGUUGCUGAAGGGGUAACCAUGAAUGACGAGGACAUCCAUGAACACAUGGACUAUUUGGAGAAUGACUUGACCAUGUGCAUGGAAACCUUCAUCCACCGCAUCGACUCCACUGAAGUCAUCUACGAGCCGCGGAGGAAGAAGGCCAAGCUGAUUGGGAAGUACCUGAUGGGAGACCUGCUGGGGGAGGGCUCCUACGGGAAGGUGAAGGAGAUGCUGGACUCUGAGACCCUCUGCAGGAGGGCAGUCAAGAUCCUCAAGAAGAAGAAGCUGAGACGCAUCCCCAAUGGGGAGCAAAAUGUAAAAAAAGAGAUUCAGCUGCUACGAAGAUUAAGGCACAAGAAUAUUAUCCAGUUGGUUGAAGUUUUGUAUAAUGAGGAGAAGCAAAAGAUGUAUAUGGUGAUGGAAUAUUGUGUAUGUGGAAUGCAGGAGAUGUUGGACAGUGUUGAUGAGAAAAGGUUUCCAGUCUUUCAAGCUCAUGGGUACUUUUGCCAGCUGCUAGAUGGCUUGGAAUAUUUGCACAGCCAAGGAAUAGUUCACAAAGAUAUUAAACCAGGGAAUCUACUGCUGACGACGAAUGGCGCACUAAGAAUCUCCGACCUGGGUGUAGCAGAGGCGCUGCACCCAUUUGCAGAGGACGACACGUGUUGUACGAGCCAGGGCUCUCCGGCCUUCCAGCCCCCAGAGAUUGCCAACGGCCUGGACACCUUCUCAGGGUUCAAAGUGGACAUCUGGUCUGCUGGUGUCACACUUUAUAACAUAACAACCAGCCUGUACCCUUUCGAAGGUGACAACAUCUAUAAGCUGUUUGAGAACAUUGGGAAGGGAGACUACAGUGUUCCAGAGGAGUGUGGCCCUCUGCUCUCUGGCCUGUUAAGAGGAAUGCUUGAGUAUGACCCUGAGAAGAGGUUCUCAAUACAAAACAUUAGACAACACAACUGGGUAAGGAAGAAACACCCUGCAACGGAGCCUCUGGUGCCCAUGCCCCCUAGUGCUGAUCGGAGGGACGCGUGGCGUAGCAUGACCGUACUGCCCUACCUGGAGCACCUGCACGGCUACGCCGACCAGGACGACGAGGAUGACGACGAACUCUUCUACGGAGACGGAGAGAUCAUCUACUCUCAGGGUUUCACUAUGACAGGUCGGGUGCAUGAGGAUGGGCUGGAGCAGAACGGGCACCAGGGGGGUUGUGUGGGGCCGGGGCUGGGGCUGGGGCUCAGGACCCUAUGUGUGAACGGCACGGAGACAGACCAGGAUCACUACCCAACCACCAGCAGGACCAGGUCCCGAUCAGAGCGCCUCUCCUCCUCCUCCUCCUCCAACCCCUCACGCAAAGGAGUGUCCACCUACAGCCGCAUCCGCAAGCUGUCCAACUGCAAGCAGCAAUGAGGGCAGCCCCUGGACCCCCAGCCCUGAACACAUAUACUGGACAGGUUUGUGUUCUCUAUUUUCCGGCUCCCUGACGUUUGGGUGAUGAAUGUUUUGACAGCCUGGUCUGCAGCAUGCAAUAACAGGACAUGAUGCACUACAGUGGUUUAUUUCACUAGUUAUUUUCUGUCUGACAACGUGAUGAUGUAAGUGAAGCUCCAGAGAGAAAUGGAGAAGAGGCUAGGACUUACCCCCUUCUGCAAAUCAUACUGGGAAUCCCACCCCUCACUGUAUGAAUGUAGCUCGUUUUAGACUACUACACUGUUUCUCCUACAGUUACUCUGUAUUAAAGCGCACAUUGUGAUGUGUAUUGAAUGACAUGGAUCAUUUCAAUAAACUACAAUAUUUGUAACAGUAA